ACUACUCUAGUUAGCGGCCCAACCCACAAACAAACAAGGACAGAGGUUCUCCCGGAAGCACGGCGGCGAAGAAGACGCGAACGUCGAGCGCCGCCGCACACAACCCCACGAAGCCAGAGAAGGAGUCGGAGAUGGUGCUGCUGGAGGAGCUGCUCCGGUGCCAGAUCCAGGAGUGGUACCCAGCCUUCCGCCGCCACACGAUCCCCACCGCCAUCCUGCCGCUCCCGCCCGCCUUCCUCCGCUACCUCGCCGGCAAGACCGCCUACCCGAACCCGGACGCCUCGAACUCGGACUCGGAAGGGUUUCUCCCUUUCCUCCUCCCCGCGCUCGCCUCCGGCCGCACCCCGUUCCCCCCCAUCGACGCGCACCUCCCGGACCCCGUCUCCCUCCUCGACCGCGACAACUCCGACUUCUUCUUCGGCUACCCCGACUGCGACUACGACGAGGACCACGCCGACCCGCUCAGGCCCGCCUUCCCGGAGCUCGAGGCCGCCGUCGACGCCGCCAUCGCGGACCUCGGCGGCGCCGCGCUGCCCAAGCUCAACUGGAGCGCGCCCAAGGACGCCGCCUUCAUGGCCGCCGACGGCACAGCCAGGUGCGCCUGCUUCGCCGAGGUCGCCAUGCUGCUCCGCUCCUCCGACUGCGUCGCGCACGACCUUGUCUCCGCUCGCUCCUCCUGCCAGGACUUCGUGCGGCGCCCCCCGAAGGAUGUUCGACCGAAUGCUCAACCGAAUGACGAAGAGAAUUCCGACGGUGCUGGUUCCAAGAGUGGUGCCGGGGAGAAUUGCAGCGACGGAGGUGAGCAAAGUGCCCUAGAUGAUGCGCCGGAAGAGGAUGCUGGACAUGAAAGUGAUGAGGAAACUUGGGUGGAUGAUGGGUUCCAGUACUAUCUCGCACUCCGCAAAUGGUACCCAGGCCUCCGCCCUGAGUCGGAGUUCCGUUGCUUUGUCAAGGGGCGAAGCCUGGUCGGCGUGUCGCAGAGGGACCCAUCAGCUUACUACCCUUCGCUUCCUGGGUGGAGCGCUGAGGUGCAGCCCAGGAUCGAGGAUUUCUUUGAUGAUGUGGUUGAGCCACAGUUUGCUUCAGAGAAUUAUACGUUUGAUGUGUAUGUGAGAGCAGAUGGCCGCGUGAAGCUGAUUGAUUUCAACCCUUGGGGUGGCUACACCUUGCCACUCAUGUUUACAUGGGAGGAGCUUGAGCAGAAGCAGGCAGGGGACGAGCUGGAGUUUAGAGUGGUAAUGCAGCAGGGUGCGGUGAGGCCAGGACUAAUGACUGCUGUGCCGUAUGAUAUGCUGGAUUGGGGGGAAGGGAGUGGCUGGGAUGUGUUUCUGAAGAAGGCUGACAGUGAGCUCAACAGACAGUUGGCAUCAUUAGAUGGGGAUUCGUAAUUGCAAUCUAGAUCAAAGGUGUUUGAGGACUCCAGUAGGUGAACAACUUAAAGAGAUGAUUGUUGGUAAUUUUUCAUCCGUCAAACACUAGCAAUUACCAGCUUCCUUCAGAAUGCAACCUAUGCUACCAUGAUGUUGUUUUUUGCCAACUUCUGUAAUGUCAGGCUUUUUGUACGGGAUUGACUCUUGUUGCUACAUGUAGAAGUUAUAUGUUAGAACUUCUGAGAUAUGAAUCUGCAGUGGAAGUUUGUUGGUCAUGGCAUGAAGCUGUUUUGCAUCCAUGCCUGCAUCUGUUCUAUCUACCUGUUUAUGUGGGCUCAAUUAACAUUUGAGUCGAUGCCUGUAGCAUCCUUUAGUUAAUUAAAAUUUAAUUUCAAUA